AUGUUGUUGAUCAGAGUUCAAGACGCUAAUCCCAUCACGGAUGCAAACUUCCUAUUCGCGGAGUUCAUCAACCAUGAAGCCGACUUAGAGUUCAAACCAAAUAGCUUAACCAUAAUUGCCACAAACCCUACCCUUCGCUUCAUAGCAACGCUUUACAUUUCCAAAUCCUUCUGCCAAGACUUCACCAUCAAUCAAACUCACAUUGCUAGAGUUUCCCUAACAUCCUUCAUUGAUGCCAUCAUGACUGCCGCUGCUACCCGCUUUGAUACAUUGGCUAUCACUCUUCCAAGCGCUUAUAUCAUGAUCCUUACAUUCGAGACAUCAACUCCUUCAGGGCGUGUGCCUCAGUCACACCCACGUGCGCUUCCAAUGUCACCUUCGCUAAUGGUGGAUUUUCCUAAGCCUAUACUCGCAAAACAUUUCACCAUUAAAGCCGAAUGUUUUAGACGCGUUCUUGCAGAAUUACCUCUCUUGCAGGAUUUAGUUAGUGUUACUCCCACGGGAUCAGAAGUCAAAUUCUCAAAUGAAUUCAAAGAGAUUAUUCUUUCUCAAGAGGCUGGAGAAUGUACAAUCAUGGGUUAUGAAGGAUGUGUUGAUACUCAGUUCAAAGUUGUUCUUAAUCCGAGGAUGUUUUUCCUUGGUUUGUCAUCUAAAACGAGCACAAGUAUAUGGUUUUAUAGGACAAUGAGUGCUGGUAGCAUAAUGGCUGUCCCAACAUGUAGAUCGUAUGCUAUGUAUUACAUCCAUUUUCCUCCAAUAUGACAUGUUGAUGAAUUAUUAGAUAAGAUCAUUAUAAUAUGGCUUUCUUUUAGUAAUUGUCGGAUGUAGACUCGAAU